GAUGAGUCCCUAUCACAAAAAGCCAGUUUGAGGAUAAGUCACAGUCUCAUAUCUGCUCAGCAUUAGUUUAAUUUUUCAACACGUCACAUUUCCAUGACCAUUCUGGUUCUUGCCACGGGUCUAAGAAGCGCCAUAACCAACUUCAUCGCUUGAAAGGAACGCAAUGUUAAAUAGCUGACGACUAUUGCUUCAACUCAUCUUUGCGUGACAUGGCUUUGAUAUAACUAAAAUGUUGUCCGAAAGAGCCCAUGGCUUUUGCUAAGCUUUCAUCGGUUGGUACGUUGAUUGUUCCCUGAAUGCUUCGGUCUGCUGGCUACCAAAGGUUCGGUCAGUAGAAAAAGACCAGGAUGUGAUUUCAUGGUGCAGAGGAUGGGAAUCGAAAAGAAUCACAUUUCUGUAGUUGAUUGGAGCUCGUUUUUUUCUUCAAAGAAGGUCACUAAGGCUUGCGGAACUCCCAACGAAAUCACAGCAAUCAAUCCAUCCUUCGAGUUACUGUAAUAUCCAAAUAUGGAGUGCUUCAGGGUAUCCAAUCAAGAUAUGAGGAAAUGCGAUUGCAUACAGACAGGGGCAUGAUAAGCUCCAGCCGCUUAUCAGACUUACUACCCCAAUCUUUCCAAAACGAUCAUUUUCUACCCCAACUGUCAUCCCUCAAUCAUGAUUAAAUUCUCCAAUGUUACAUGGGGUUCAGCGAUCAGUAACGUCAUAUUGUAACAAGACAAACUGAACGGGGGGAGGUAUCACGUGUAUUGGAGAGAUAAUGAACACAAAUUCCUCAUCGAAUCAUGACUUGAACACGAGUGUUGACCUAUCUCGAAGUCGAAUCAUUUUUCAUUCUAUCAGAAAUCCUGCAUCAUGACUGGUUUAGCGCAAAGAUAUGAGAUCAACGCUGAUAUGGGAGAAGGCUUCGGCCGAUGGAAAAUGGGCCCAGAUGAGGAACUCAUGCCUCUCAUAGAUGCAGCAAAUAUUGCAUGUGGCUUUCACGCUGGUGAUCCAUCCAUCAUGCUAAAGACAAUUCGUCUCUGCAAGCAACAUGGCGUCAAAGCUGGUGCUCAUCCCGGCUUACAAGACCUCUUUGGCUUUGGACGCCGAAAAAUGGAAAUCGACCCCAAGGACAUGUAUGCAAUGGUGUUGUAUCAAGUUGGAGCUCUAAACGCCAUGUUGGAUGCCGAAGGUGUUGAGCUGUCUCACAUAAAACCUCACGGAGAACUUUUCUUCUACAUGCAAAGAGACAAGGGCAUAAUGAGAGCUGUACUAGAAGCUUGUGCAACUUUCAAAGUUCCUGUAUACGCCUGCCAGAACCCGGAACAGGAGGACAUGUGUAAUGAAAUGGGGGUUCCAUUUCAGGGAGAGGUCUACGUUGAUAUCGACUACUCGCCAGAGGGAAGGCUUGUUCCUUUUGCGCAAUCUCAUCCUGUAACACCGGAGUUAUGUCAUGAGCGGGCAUUUGGUGCGGCUAUGAAGGACACAGGGAAGGAUAUCAACGGGGAUCCUUUCAACUUUGGAUUCAAGGGGAAGCCGUUCAGUAUAUGUCUGCAUUCUGAUUCGCCGACUGUGUUGGAGAAUGCGAAGCUGGUUCGACAGGCAGUGGAUGAAGCGAACCGAAAGAAGUUUUCACAGAAUACCAAUGGCCAUAGAUUGUAGACAUUAUCUCCGAGGGAUGAAUUCAGAAAGAAACUCAGUUUCUAUAGAGAUUGAAAGCUAUGUGACAAAGUAAAUUCACACAAUUUGGAAAACCUGAUG